GAUACUCACCUCAGCUCCAAGUUGUACAUCCUGUUCAGUGUCUACACUUAACACCGAUUUACAAGAAUUGACAACGAUGUAGCACACAAUGUGUUCAUUAUUUUGGUCUGACUAGCACUCUGUUCCAUUUUCAAUUUUUCAAGGUGAAUGUUUAUGUCCUGCAUCCCCCUCACAUCCCAUCCCAAGAUGAACAGCACAAUGCUGCCUCUGGACAACAUUACAGCCAACAGCAGUCUCUGUACAGUGGAACCCCAGCAUAUCUCCAUCACUGUUUUCCUCCUCCUGGUCUUCCUGGUUGGUUUCCUCCUCAACAGUUUCAGUCUGUGGGUCUUCUGCUGCCGUAUACCACAGUGGAGCUCUGGUGCCAUCUUGCAGUUUCAUUUGGCUGUCAGUGAUGCUAUCGUCACACCAGUUGCACCAUUUAUGGCAACAUACUUUGUCAUGGGUAGCCACUGGCCCUUUGGAGCUUUUCUGUGCAAGUUGAAGAUUGCUCUGCUGUUCAUUCACUUCUAUGGCAGUAUCCUGUUCCUCACACUCAUCAGCAUUCAUCGAUAUGUGGCAGUGGUCCAGUUUAAACAUGGCUCCUGCAUGAAACGAAAGGCGUUUGUUCAGAAGCUGUGUGCUGGAGUCUGGCUGGUUUUGCUGGCUAAGGGGAUUGCCUGUUUCUACUUCUUUAACACAAGCCAAGUGGGAAACCGCACACUAUGUCUUAGCAUUCAUCAGCGAGAUUACAUUGAGACUUACUUUGCCAUCAAUUUCGUUUUGCUCACCCUUGGGUUCCUAAUGCCUUUCUCAGUGGCAGUGACGUGCUACGUUCAGAUAGCAAGAUCAGUGUCUCGUAUCAAUAUCAACACGUUUAAGGGCCGUGGUAUUAAGGCCAAGUCCUGUAAAGUGGUGGCCAUGUGUCUGGUGAUAUUUGGACUGUGCUUCAUGCCUUUGAACGUGAUACGCACUGGGGCUGUCGUGUUAAAGAAGUACUUUCCAGAACAAUGCAUCCUUCUGCAGGUGGAGACCUCAUACUAUUAUUCCUGGGUUUUGGCUGGAGCAAACUGCUGUCUGGACCCAUUGCUUUACUGUUUUGGAUCACACAAUUUUGUCAAGGCUAUUUAUAGGUCUCUCCGAAAAUGUGAUGUCAAGUUCAAAGAAGACCCUGCCACAAAUUAG